AUGGCGUCCCGGCGGUUAGCUUUGAACCUUUCCCAGGGACUGCGCAACCGCGCGAGUCUCAAUGCCGUUGCCCCCUUGAGGAGAGGCUUCGCAACACCCGUUGUGAAAAAUGGCGUCAAGACGGAAUCAACAACCCUCUCCAAUGGCUUGACCAUUGCUACCGAGCACUCUCCCUGGGCGCAGACGUCGACGGUCGGUGUGUGGAUUGAUGCUGGGUCUCGGGCGGAGACGGACAGAACAAAUGGCACAGCUCACUUCCUCGAACAUCUUGCCUUCAAGGGUACAAACAGCCGCACACAACACCAAUUGGAACUGGAAAUCGAGAACAUGGGUGGCCAUUUGAACGCCUACACAUCUCGCGAGAACACCGUCUACUAUGCUAAAGCCUUCAAUGCCGACGUACCCAAAACCGUUGACAUCCUCUCCGAUAUCCUGCAAAACUCCAAGCUCGAGGAAUCAGCCAUCAACCGGGAACGUGAUGUUAUCUUGAGGGAAUCUGAGGAGGUUGACAAGCAAUUGGAGGAAGUUGUUUUUGACCACCUACAUGCAACCGCUUUCCAGGGGCAGCCCCUAGGAAGAACGAUUUUGGGGCCGGCCGAAAACAUCAACAGCAUCCAAAGAGCCGACCUAGUAGACUACAUCAAGACUAACUACACUGCUGAUCGCAUGGUCCUUGUUGGAGCUGGUGGUGUUCCUCACGCACAACUCGUGGAGCUUGCUGAGAAGUAUUUCUCCAAACUCCCAACUGAACCAUAUACCGGUGCUGCAUCUGCUGUUGCCGCUGCACAGAAGCGGAAGCCGGAUUUUGUCGGUUCAGAGGUCAGAGUCCGUGAUGAUACUAUCCCAACUGCAAACAUUGCUAUUGCUGUUGAGGGUGUCAGCUGGAAGGACGACGACUACUUCACUGCCUUGGUCACUCAAGCUAUUGUUGGAAACUGGGACAAAGCGAUGGGCAAUGCUCCUCACAUGGGCAGCAAGCUUAGUGGUUUCGUACACAAGAACGACUUGGCCAACAGCUUCAUGAGCUUUUCCACAAGUUACAGCGAUACUGGUCUCUGGGGUAUCUACCUUGUCACCGACAAGCUGACUAGAAUCGACGACCUUGUUCACUUCACACUCCGCGAAUGGUCCCGCCUAUCAUACAACGUCACCGAGGCCGAGGUCGAGCGUGCUAAGGCUCAAUUGAAGGCAUCUAUCCUUCUAUCUUUGGACGGCACCACGGCUGUUGCUGAAGACAUUGGACGACAGAUCAUCACUACUGGACGCCGUAUGGGUCCAGAGGAGAUUGAGCGAGUCGUUGGGGCUAUCACAGAGAAGGAUGUUAUGAGCUUUGCGCAAAGGAAGCUUUGGGAUCAGGAUGUGGCUGUAAGCGCGCUUGGAAGUAUCGAGGGUCUACUGGAUUACAACAGAAUUCGAAACGACAUGAGUAGAAAUGCAUAA